AUGGACACGAGUGGCCAAAUGCAGCUGUUGCAGCUGAGCGCAGAUGAAUUGCGAAAAUCUUUACCCCCAACAAUGUGUGAACAACAAAUUGGUAGGGAUGUAUUAGAUCAACUCAAUCAACAAUUACAUGAAAUUGAAUCUCGUGUCCAAUCAGCUUUGCUACGUGCUUUGCAAUAUAGGCAAGAUGAAGACGAAAAUAUUCAAAUAAAUGAGGAGGAGGGGAGGAAAGAAUUGUGGCAACCUGAGUUUGAUGUUGCGAAUGUAUCUACUUCUAGUACAGCACAACAAAUUUUUGUGCCAUAUCCAUCAGAAGAACAACAGUUGGAGACAAAAUAUAAAGUAAAUAUUGAUGGAAUAGCCUCAACCUCGGAACCUUUGAAAGAAUUUUUAGGGGAUGAAUAUAUCGAGGAGAAAAAAGGAGGGAAUAUUGGAACAAGGCAAAGAACGGGGGCCAAGCCAAAAGAAGGUCAAAGAAUGGGAGAAGAAGAAAAAGAUGAAGAGGAGGAGGAUGAGGAGGAAGGGUUUAAAUCGACCACUACUGACCACCAACAACAACGGCGAAGAUGGCGAACUGCCGCUGCUGCUGCUUUGGCACCGCCUUCACAAAUAGCCCAACAAAAAUCAUUUUUACCUCCAACAGAAAAAAUGAAAAGUGAUGGCCAACAAUUUUUAUUAAAAAGGCAACAAAAAAUUGGAGAACAAACUGGAGGCAUGGAUCAAUUUUACAUUAGUUUAAAUAUAAUGGAAGAUUAUAUUGAACAACAACAACAAUUAAAUUCCUUGCCGUAUGAAACUUUUACUGAAAAAGCUGAAAUAUUGAAGGAUUUCGAAAUGGAAUUAAAACGUGGGGAGCAACUUUUAAAUGAACAUUUAAUGACAAUGGAAGUAGGAGAAAGUGAGCAUGUUAAAGCCAGAAUAUCCUCAUUGAGGAGACAUUUUGAAGAAAAAAAGUCUGAAUUAGAAAGUCGUCGAGAAACAAUAAGGGCAUUAGAACAGCAUUAUUCUCAAUGUGAGCAAAUGUUGGAUGAAUUAGCUAAUAUUUGUAAAGAACCAAGAAUACGACUAAAGGGAGUACGGUUACCAAAAAAUGAAGAAACUGAAGAGAGUGAAAGAAUUAAUCUGACAGAAUCACGUGAUUCUUCUCCUGACCUAGAUGAAUUGGAAGCAGCCCAAGCCCAAUUAGAGAAUUAUUUACCACCUAUUGCUGUUCGUCUUCAACAAAUCCAAAAUAGAUUAAAUGUUUUAAGUGAACAUCUUUCUGCCGCUGCCCACAAUAAAUUUCAACAAAAACUUCGUCUUUUAGUUGAGGAUUUUAAUGAAAGGACAAAAGAAGUUAGAAUUAAAAGAGAUCAAUUAGAAAUUCGUUUAGCUGACCAAACACAUUUAAAACAAUUACUUGAUGAUUUGGAAUUUUGGUGUGACGAAAGUGAAGCUAUUUUAGAAACAGUUGAACAAAUUGGCCCUUUAAAUAUUUUAAAAAUAGAAAAAGAAGAGGAAAAUAUACAAAAAAGAUAUUAUUCAACAGAAACAAAAUUAGAAUCAUUCCGUCAAUUGGAAAGGCUAAAAGAUAGAUUUGCUAAUUUAGUUAGUGUUGAACCCCAAGUUAAACAUGAAGUAAGGAGGGAUGUUGCUAAUCUUGGAAAAAGAUUGAGUGAUGUUCGUAUAAAAUUAAAAGAAAGAAUGGAUAAUUUAUUAGCAGAAAAAUGGUCAGCAGAUGAAUUAUGGAGGGAAUUUGCAGCUUUAAAGCAAUGGGCAGAGGCGGCAGAAAAACAAAUUUAUGCUGUUGAAAAUGCAAAAAUUUUUAGGCCUUCUCUAGUUAAUAUAGAGAAUUUGGCCGGAAAAUUAAGUGAAAACCGGUUAGCAUUACAAAAUAUACAACAACGAUUAAAUCAACAGGCUGCGGUUGUACAAAAUGAAGGAAAAAAUAUUGGAGAAGUGGAAAAGGGGAAUUUAAAGCUUGUCGAGAAUUUGCUUAUUAAAUUUGUAAGUAUUGAACGGUCUGUUGACCGCUUACUUGAACAAAAAGCAGCAGCUUCUGAAGAAAAUUCAAGUGAAGAAGAAGAAAUUGAGAAUUUAUAUAAUAAAAUGGAUGAAACUAAAGAAAAAUUAUUCAAAAAAGAAGAAGGAGAAGAGGAGUUAAUUCAGAACCAACAAAAUGGUUUCCAUUCCCCUCUCGAAAAUUUUGGACAAGAAAAUGGACAUCUUAUUGAAUAUAGAACUUUAAGUACACAAAGCGAUGGAAGUGAAGAAAAUGUUGGGGAUGAAAAUAAUUUAAUUCAAAUAAUGAAUCCAGAAGGAGAUGACAAAGAAGAAGUUGAAAGGGAUAUUGCUACGUCUGUUGAUCUUUCUGAUCAGAGUUUGAUACGUCAAGCACUUGGAAAAAUGCAGAAUUUUGUAGACGAUAUUCAAAUAAACCAAUUGGAGAUAAUUAAAGUACUUGACGAGGCCAAAGAUAAAUUAAUUAUUGAAAGAACACAAAUUUGUUCAGCAGAAAUGGAACGAAUUCUUGGAUUGUGUAAACGUCGGAAAGGGGAUUUACAAAAACUUUUGGAACAGUGCAGACUUUGGGAACAAUUGCGUGCUUCUCUAGAGCUUUGGCUAAAUCAAGCAAACGAAAAAUUAACUUCUGGUGGCCGUGUUAUUGGUUUAAGUGAUGAAGAACUCUCUGAACAAUUGGAUUUAAUUAAUCAAUUAACUGCUGAAUCUGACCAGUGGGAAGAAAAAUUGAGAGAAAUGAAUAGAAUAUCCAAUCAAUUAUUGGAAGUAUAUAGACGGGAUGAUGGCCAUAAUCUUAGCCAUUUAAAUAGCAAAUUAAAUACUCAAUGGGCUAAAUUUAAUGAUCAAUUACGUAUUCGACGUUCUGUUAUUGAAGCAGCACAGAGAUCUCGUUUUGAUUUUCAAACAGCUUUGGGACAUUUUCAGCAAUGGAUGCAAAUACAAUGUUUAAAAUUACAAAAAUUAGCUAAUGAGACAGAAAAUCAACAAAAACUUAAAGAUACCGGACUUAGAAAUGAGUGGUUGGGGAAAGAAAAGUCGGCAAAUAUGGAAAUAGAUGCACAUAGAGAAAUGAUGGAAUCAGUUAAAAAGAUGGGGCGUAAAUUAUUAGAAGAACAACAACAAGAAUUGUUAAAUUUAGAUAAUAAUAAUGAAAUAAUAAUUAGUAAUGUUGGAACUGAAAGAGAAAUUUUACUUAAACGUGUUGAAAGUAUUGAAAGUGAAUGGAAUGCUUUAUUAUCUUUACAUAAAAUUAUUAAAGAAAGAUUAGAAAAUGCACAGGAAGAAUGUGAUCGUUUAAUUCAAUCGCUUUCUGAUUUUCUCUUUUGGGUUGAUCAACAACGCAAAACUAUUGCCAAUACACAGCCAGUUGGGGGUGAUUUGAAUAGCGUGGAGAGACAAUGUGGAAUUCUUCGAACAAUUCAAAGGGGUAUUGAGGCUAGAGAACAGCCUGUAGAAGAAUGUAUUAAAUUAGCACAUGAGUUUUUAAUGCAACAUAAUCUCCGGCCUCCAAUACAUCACCCUUCUCUAAUGGCUCAACCACCUGUUGAUCCAUAUAGCCCUAAAACAGAAGCAGAACGUGAAGAACGCCGUGUUGGGCAACAAAUAAAUUCUGAUUCUAAACAGUUACAAGAAAAUUGGGCAAUUUUAAAAGAAGAAUUAACUAUUUGUUAUCAAAAAGUUGCCGAUACUCACAAAGAAAUGCAAGAAUUAGAUCGUUCAAUGGCUGAGGCACUUCUUUCAAUUGGCACAGUGGAAGGGGAAAUACAAACAAUGAGACCUGUUGAAAAUUUAUUGUUAGAGGAUUUAAAUUUAGAAAAAGUUGAAUGUCUCGAAUUUCGCCAAAGAGUUCAUGAAGCGGGUACUCAUGUUGAUGAUGUUAAUAAUUGGGCUAGUAGUAUUCAAGCAAUGGGAAUUGAAUUAAGUGAUCAAUUAGAACAUCAUAUAAUUGCAAUUAAUGAAAGAUAUGAAAAACUUAAAAGAGAUAUUGGGUGUAGAUGGGCAGCACUUGAAAGGGCUUUAAAUGAUUUUGGACCAGCUAGCGAGAAUUUUCUUGUAGAUUUGGUAGAUCCUCCUUGGCAACGUGCAAUUUCUACAACAAAUAGACUUCCUUACUAUAUUGAUCAUAGUGCAGAGCACACACAAUGGGACCAUCCAGCAAUGGUUGACAUACUUGAAAGCCUUUGUUCUUUCAAUCAAGUAAAGUUUAGUGCUUAUAGAACUGCUAUGAAGUUAAGAGCUCUGCAAAAACGGCUUUGCUUGGAUUUAAUUGAUUUGGCUGAUUUAAAUAUGCAGUAUACAAAACAUCUUUCUAAUUAUGCAGAUGAAAAAAGAAUUCAAGUUGAGGAUGUAAUCCAAUGCCUUUUACCUCUUUUUGAAAAAGCUCAUGAAGAAAGACCUGCUUUAGUUCCAAAUGUUUCUUUAGCUGUUGAUUUAACGCUUAAUUUACUUCUAAAUAUUUUUGAUCCAUGUAGAGACGCAAAAAUGCGUGUGCUUUCGUUUAAAAUUGCUCUUGUUGUUCUUUGUCAUGCAACUUUAGAGGCUAAAUAUACUUAUUUAUUUCAUCUUAUUUCUAAUAAAGAUGGAGUUGAUCAUAAACGACUUGCUGUUCUUUUUUAUGAUCUUAUACAUGUUUGUGUUUAUUUUUAA